AAUCUGUCCUCCAAGUGUUCCUUUAGUCGCGGGCUAUUCGGUAGUGUUUUCAAAUGAGUAAAGUCAAUCAAGAGUCAUUGGAGGGUUACAAUCCUUUUUCUGAUCCUACCCCAAGAUAUGAAUCUUUAACACCUGAAACUAACGAAUUAUCUCCAGAUAAUCGAAAUAAAAAUUAUGUUUUUGAUAUUCCCCCACCACCAAUACCACCUACGGAAAUGUAUUCACCAUAUGCAAAAGCUACCGCUGGUGGUGGUAAUGAAAGUGUCUUAGCCUUGGAACGUAGACAAGCUGAACUUGAAGCUCGUGCAGCCGAAUUAGAUCGUCGAGAGAAAGAACAACAAGCUCGUGUGAAUGCAAUUCAUUCAGGUCCAAGUCCACAUAAUUGGCCACCGUUCCCUCCAUUCUGUCCAUGCAAACCAUGUGUUCGACAAGAUUUUGAAAAUGAUAUUCCAUUUGAUUGUCGAUGGAUGGCUAAAAUGGGCUAUGGAAUUUGGUUGGGUUAUGCUAUCUUGUUAAUAUUCAAUAUGUUUGGAGCACUAGGCUAUUUUAUUGUUGGUAACGGUGCAGCUGAAGGACCAUUGUUUGGUGCAUCAAUUUUAUUAGUGCUUGUUAUGCCACCUAUCAGCUUUUUCGGAUGGCAUCGACCUUUGUAUAAAGCAUUAAGAUCAGAUAGUUCAGCGAAUUAUUUAUUAUUUUUCCUUUUCUUUUCUGGACAAACCGUUAUUAUUUUGAUACAAUGCCUUGGAAUUGAUUAUCUUGGAUCAUGUGGUUGGAUUAAUGGUAUAAAAACUAUCAAUCAUAAUGAUGGUGUUGGUGUUCUCAUGUUAUUGAUUGCUACAAUGUUCAGUAUACUUGCAGGAUUUUGUACUUUCCUGUUAUUUAAGGUUCAUAGAUAUUAUCGAUCAUCUGGAGCAAGUUUACACAAGGCAAAAUUAGAAAUGGCCAAUGCAGGAGUAUUUGAACGUUCCGGAGGAUUUGGUGCAAUGCCAUAAUUGAAGAAAGAAAGAACUAAGGAAGAAAAAAAAAGACAAUAAUAAACUAGUAAACAGGCAAUUUCUAUAUUAAUCAGUUUACUUGUAAUACAAUUUAAUCAAUAUGGACAUAUUCUGCCCUUAUAUAUCUAUCCUUAAAACCUCCAGUGAUAUCUUAUUUUCUUUUCUCUUUUCUGUUCUGUUUUCUCCUCUUUUCUCUAUGCACAAUGUUUGUUGUUGUUUUUCCCUGUUUUUUUUUUUAAAAAAAUUUUAGCUGUGAUUGUUUUUGUUAAGUUUUACAUGUAAAGAAUAAAUAACCAAAUUAAACUAACUAACUAACCAACUAACGUGUAACUAACCAAUGGCUGCGAGAUUGUUUUUUUUUAUUAUUAAAGGAAAUUCAUCUAUUUCCAAUCAUAAUUGCUCAUAUAUCCAUAUCAACACCAACCCUCACACACAUACACACACACAUGCUCAUGCACAGUUUAAUAUUAACAUGACAAGUACUUCUCUGUUUUACGUUUUUUUUAUUGAUAUAUUGGAAAAAAGAAAGAACUAAUCAUCUCUUUGUCUUCUUCUUCUUCUUUUUUUGUAACCAUGGGUGUAUGGGUAGUUUUCUUCUGUAUACUCAUAGUUGUUGUAGUCUAUGAUCAUCGACUUGGUUUACCUUCACCAUGAUUACUACUACUACUACUACUCUUUUUCUCUGUUUCAAUCUGUCCAUUAUAUAUGAGUGUUUUUAAUAUGAUUCAGCUUUAGUUAGUGUGUUUGUUGGUUAAAUCAAAUGGAUUGUAUGGUAUUUUCACACACAUACAUACAUACAAACAAAAAAAACUUGUUUCAUCAUGUGUAUUUGUUCUUUUCUUAACCCGUUUCCUUCUUUUUAUUAUUAUCGUCAUGUAUUAACUUGACAGAAUUAAAACUAAAUGAAAAUAAUUCAUAAGAUUUGUUUCUAUAAGGUUUGUUUUAUUACUUACUUCAAUACAUUAUUAUUAACUUUGUUC